UUGAUAUCUACAAAGUGGAUCCAUCAGAUGUAUCAGGGGAUUCGGGAAGUUAUGCUGCUGCCAUUGAGCAGAAUCAUAGAGCUAGCAAAUCCCCGGAGGACAGGAAGAGAUGGAUGGAUGCUUUCAAAGUCGUCGCUAAUUGUGCUGGCUAUACUUCACAGGCAAUCAAAGAUUUCUAAGAGAGUGAAGUUUGAUCACUUCGUUGGCAUGGAUGCUCGAGUUUCUGAGAUUGAACAAAUAUUAGCUAUGAAUGUAGAUGAUUUCCGCAUCAUUGGUCUUUGGGGAAUGGGUGGUGUAGGAAAGACCACUCUGGCUAAAGCUUGCUAUCAAUCAUUUGUGCCCUCUAGAAAAGAAAUCAAGCAUCACUUUAUUCUGAACGUCAAUGAGAAGCUUGAAAAGCAAAUUGGGGUUGAAGGAAUGUCAAAAGAAAGAUUGUUACAUUUUAGUCUUGUUGUUUUACAGCCACAGCUGGUGAAUCUAGUGUGGCUUGACCUCUCUCGCUGCAUAAAUUUAGUAGCAAUCCCAAACCUGUCGGGGUCUCAGAAAGUGGAGUAUCUUUAUCUUCGAGGAUGCAAAAGGUUGAUUGAGCUACCAUCUCACAUUCAAUAUCUGGACAAGCCGAUCUUCCUGGACGUCGACGAGUGUACAAGUCUAAGGCAUCUUCCUCCGAAACUCAACUCAAAGUUCCUCCAAUGUAUUUGGUUGUCCAACUGUCCCCAGCUCACUCGUUGUCCUGAGAUCAAUUCAGGAGAGUUGCUGCAUUUGGAUUUAAAGGAGACACCUGUCACAGCCUUGCCGGCUGCGAUUUGCAAUAGCAAGCAGGGUGGCUUCCUACGUCUAUGCGGCAGACACAUCACCUGCUUCCCUGCAAUUUCAGCAAGCUUGGAAUUGUUUCGGCUGUGCCAUACCACAAUAAAAGAUAUGGAUUGUUAUGAUGUUGAUCAUCAUCAGCAUGGUUCUUUGCCAAGAUUUGUCGAACUGGAGUUGGUUGGCAACCCCCAACUCAAGAGCUUGUCAAAGAAUAUCUGGAACAUGGUCUCUCAAUCGCUCCUUCUUCAAGAUUGCCCGUCCAUUGAAACUUUGCCGGAAAUCUCCCUGCCUAUGGCUGGGUUAACUCAGCUUAGUAUAAUAGGAUGUCGGAACCUAAAGAGCUUUCCAACUUGUAUCAACAACCUGAAAUCUUUGCGGGAAUUAUGUUUCACUGGUACGAAUACUAAGUCCCUUCCUUCUUUUGUCCAUGGCCUUAACCAGCUGUUAGCUCUAGAUUUGUCCGACAACAAAUGCCUAGAAUCCAUCCCCAACAUCCAUAAGCUUGCCAAGUUGUUCCACUUGUACUUGUCAGGCUGUUCGAGGAUUAAAUUUUUGCCAGAACUCCCACAUAGUCUUCUAAGUUUGGAUGUAAGUGGUUGCACAUUGUUACAAGCCUUACCAAGCAACGUAGGCAGGCUGAGAUGGAAUGAACUGUACUUUGAAGACUGCUCGCAAUUGGACCCGAAGCUACCUACAGAAAUGGUGCUUAAUUUCCCUAAUCAUGCAGCAUUGAAUCAGUACUCUGAGGGUGUUUUGCAGUAUUCUGGGAGUCGGAUUCCAGGAUGGUUUGCUUACAAAAGCGUGAAUGAUAAGAAUGAUUCAUGUAUGACGGUGCAGUUUCCUCCUUCAGACUGCAGUACUGAGCGAAUAAUCAAAGGGAUUGCAUUUGGCAUUGUGUGUUCGUCAGAUAUUGGGUGUGUCGAGAUAUCUAUUACUUGUGAUUACGAUAUCGGCACCAUUGCCGUUGCCUAUCGGAUAACCCUAUAUAUAUGGUACGACACUAACUUAUUAGGCAAGAUGAAGAAUGGAAUACGAGAAGAAGCAAAACCUUGGUAUGAGAGAUAUUCUGCUGGCCAUUCUGGUAUUUCUUUCAAGUUUUCCCUCAAAGCGGUCAGGGAGAAGAUCCCAGGAGAUUAAAGAGCAUCAAAAUAAAAAGGAUUGGCGUCUCUCUACUGUACUAACUGCUAAUAGGUUUGAUGGUCUAUGGGAUGACGAUUCAAGCAAUGGUUUAUUUUUCGUUUGGGAUGCUGAAUGUCCCUUUCGUAACACAUUUUAGAGAUUCUGUAAUUUGAUGUGUUUUUUUUUUUAUCAGAAUUCUUUCUAGGCCUCCAACACAUUGUUAUCCUCAAUUUUGGAAUUUCAUGUUCUGCAAACAGAAACUCUAGAACCGUAGGUUUGGCUUAUGUAGAGAUGUCAGUUGUGCGAUAUGAUGGGUGCGUUGUUUCCUCUGAGAUUAUACCAUCAAAAGCAGUGAUGGAAGAAGAUGACCGGACAAAAUGUUGAUGUUGUUGGCUUGUUUCCCUGUAAAAGGUGCUUCUUCCUUAAACAGCUCUUUUUGGGUAGUCGCUGCUUUAUAUGUGUGAUUGUAUCUG